AUGACGCGUUAUCUGACUCCGUGGAGGGUCUCUCUGCUGUGCCUGAUAACAGUCUACACCGACGGCGACGUACCCAACACCUCCGCCAUCCAUGUUCUGUCGUUCCUGACCGCGGGCAUCUUCCCGCUCGAUGCAGCCGAUAAGCAGUGGACGAAGCACUACCUACCGACCAUCGCCGAGCUCGAGGAGUUCCUGUCAGGCCAUGAAUCCUCAGUGCCAGGCCGCACGCUGUGGGAUCUGUUCCUGAAGAAGAUCUGGUCCAUCAAUUCGUGCGAUGCACUGGAGACCUUCUUCAGCGAUGCGCUGCCCGCGCUGCUAACCAAGACGCGGGAGCAAUUGCUUCAGGAGAGAGAUGAUGGACUUGCUCCUGAGACGGACCGCAUGCGUCUUUCGCGCAGCUCGCCUUUGGGCGCGUUUGUGCGCCGCGCCUAUCUGGAGUAUACGCGGUUGCAGUUUUGUGAUGCGGUGAAGCUGUGGACUGCUUUUGUGAGGUACCGGCUGCCGACCUACCAUAUGUGGGCGAGGAGGAAUCCGUCAAAUUCUCAAGCUCCGGUGGAUGCGAAUCUGCUUGGUGCUGGCGUGGAUAUGAACAGCUACCUCUCUCGGGUGGUCUAUGGCAAUAUUGAAGACGACGAGGAUGAGGAGGGCAUGGUCAGCGCCAAGGACGCGGAGCGAUUGGUGGAAUUUCAAAUCGGGGAACUGCAAAAAAUGGGAGGCAGAGUCCCGGACGAGAUGCGAGCUCGCCUGAAGCGUAUCAUAACCUCGGAGUCGUCUGUACCAGUCCUGACGUACUAUAUGGAAUAUCUGGACGCCUGGAAAGCCGGCGACUAUACAUCCGCCUUUGACAAUCUCCACCGAUAUUUCGACUAUACCAUGCACAGCAACUUUGACCGCAGUGCAUACCAAUUCGCGCUCCUGAAUCUCGCCAUCAUCCAAGCGGACUUUGAAUGUUUCAGCGAAGCGAUCUCAGCCGUGCAAGAGGCCGUAGCGAUUGCCCGCGAGUCCCACGACAUGAACUGUCUGAAUUUCUGCCUGAGCUGGCUGUACCAUUUCGGUAAAGCCUUUCCGGAGCAGAUGCGCGAAGUCCAGAAUAGUGGUAUGCUGGGUAACGAGAAGGAGGGUCUUGCCUUCCUCAAGGCCAAGUCGAAGGAGACGGAGAUGUGGUCGCUCAUGAGUACCACGGUGUUGAGCGAGGCCAAGCUGGAGAUGCAGCAGGGAGAGAGUCUUGCGUCUAUUACCGAGUCCUUUGCGCGCGCCUCUCACAUCAACGUCACCAAGGGUCUUACAAAUCCAACAGGCGGGUACAUGUUACUCCAAAGCGCCCUGUAUGCCCGCUUAGGGGCCACCCACCUCUCCUGGUUGGGCACGGAGGUCUUCCGCGAGUGCUACAAGGAGAAUCAUCCGUAUGACGACUUUAUCAAGAUCACCUUUCGGAACUGCCAAAUUCUGGCACAAAAGGGCAGCUACAAGGAAGCAUCUGCUCGCAUGAACAAAAUCGAGCCCGAAAGACUGCGGGCCUUCCAAUACAACAAUGCCUGGACAUAUUACUCCGGGCUAUUACAGCUACGACGACAGAUUUGCCGAGAUGACAAAGUCGCCGUGGAACACAUCCUCUCCCAACUGCAAGCCAUCCAACUCCUCGACUUCGACAUGCGCCUCCUCCUCGCAUUCUACUCCAUCGAAUUCACAAUCCGACAGGGCGACUACGGCCGCGCCUUGCGCAUGAUCGAACAAGCCGCCCAAUCCAUGCACCCCGAGAACUUCGACGUGCACUCACAGGUGAAAAUCCUCUGCCUGAAAGCGAGCGUCCUCUCGCGCUGCGGCCAGCCGCAACGCGGCUUCUCUCUCGCAAUGCGAGCCGCCAGCAUCGCCCACCACUCCAAGAUUCUUUUCGACCUGUGGGAAGCCAUCUGCACGCUCUCCACCGUCCUCCUGAGUCUGAGGGAAUUCGACGCAACCGGCGAGCUGGUUGAGAGCAUUAUGCCCCAGAUCCUGGAGAGCGAGGACUGCGCGCUCAUUGCGCGCGCGUACUCGCUGCUCGUGGAUGCGAACAUGGGGAUGGCGGGAGAGCUGUGGAGACUGCAGGGGGAGGGAUGGCACGCCUGCGAGAAAGGAUACGAGGAGAUCGAGGAUAUCAAGGGCCAGACGGAGAUGAUGGCCAAGAAGGCCACAGUCAUGCAUCUUACUGGGGAUCCGGUGCUGGCGAAUGAUUAUGCCUCCAAGUACCUGGAUCUGCGGAAGCAGAUGGGUGUUGGGGCGUGA